AUGUCAAAAAUUUAUGAAAAGGAAAGCCAAUAUAUAGUGAGAUUUCCAUUAGAAAUAGCGAAAAAGUUGCAUUAGUAUUUUGAUGUACAAAAGAAAAAUGCUCUUCUGACAAAACUUUAAACAGAUUCAACGAAUCCGCAAACAAAUUAAGCAAAUACCAACCAACCUCCCAAUUAGCUUCCAUAAUUGGUCACUGUACCAGAAUCUACAGAGAAGUAAAAAGAUCCUGUAGCUGAUUCUAAUACUCCGCAAGUAAGUUUUUUACCUAAAGUGGUAAAAGAUGCUGAAACGGGUCUAGAAAAACUAUAAUUUGAUGUUUAAGUAGAUGAUUUUAGAUCAAAAGCCACAUUAAUUGACCUACCAUGUAUACUAGAAACAUAUAAAACAGAGGAUACAAUAAAUAUAUUCAAAUCAAAUGAUACUAAAUAAAUGAUUUAUGUUCACAAACCAGAAGAAGAUGAUGUUCCUUCAGAUUUUGCUUAAAAAAAAUAAGUCAUAGAUAGAGAUACAAACGAAAAAGUAUUAAAAUAUGAAUCCCAUCAUGGAAUAACCCCUCCAACUUACUAUAUAAAGAAAAGAUUUUACCGCAAAAAGCCUAUACUAGAUAAGGCAGAAGUAUAGGAAGUUGAAAAAAUAAUGGUAAAGAUUUAAAAAGAAAUUACUAAAAAUGAUAAAGAGCCUGAAAGAACUAAGAGAAAGUAUAAGAAAAGAUACUGA